GCGGCCGCCGCGCCGCCAUGUGCCCGGGGGGGGGGGGGGAACGGGGCAAACCCCCCCCCCGAGUCCCGGUACCCCCGGGGGCUGCCGCAGCGGGGGCCCGGGGCCCCGCUCGGGACACGGGGCCGGGCUCCCUCCAGCGGCCGCCCGAGGCCGGGGAAGGGGGGGGGGGGGGAACGGGCCGGGGGGGGGGGUUGUUGCGCAAGGGCCGGGGCGCGGUGCCUAUACAUGGGCAGGCGGUGGGGCAUGACGCGGCAGCGCCGCGGCGGCUGGUUGAGGUCACCGUGACGUCAAAGGCGCUCCGGGCUGUCAGCUGGAAUCGGGCGAGCCGCGCUGACGAGGCAGCCGGCCUUAAAGGGGUCCCCGCGGCGGGCGGCGGCUGUGGACCCCACCGGCAGCAGGUGCUGCGCCACUGCCUCGCUCCUGGCUAACCAGCACCAGUUCUUCAGUGGCAAGCUUUAUGUCCUUCUCUAGUAGCUAAAGCUGCCAGUUGAAGAACUGUUGAAUGUAGCCACUCUCGUCUCAUCACCGGGACCCUGGCUGUCAGCUGGACCUGUGCCCCGAGCGACUGGGAUGAGCCGGUCCGCAGCGUCCUGUGGAUUUGAGGGCUGAGGAUGAGCCCGACCGGGAUGAAGAAGUCUCCUCGCAGCCUCCAGACGGAGCCUUGGCUGGGGGAUUGCCGGGCAGCCCUGCCAGCGGGGCUGUCAAGUGGAGUCCCCCACACCGGUGGGGUGGCACUGAGCUGAGAGAUGACUAGAGAAGACCAAAAGAGGCAUUAAACUUUCUGUUUUGCUCGA